AUGCCAGACAACUUGAUCCAGACAUAUACAGCGGCAUGUGAAGAACUCAAGAUGCCUGAUAAUCCCUUUAUUGCAGAAAUGCUUCAACGACUAGAAAAAGAACAAGAAUAUUCGUCAGCUUUAAAUAUAUGUGGGAACAAUCGUCUGGUACCAGUGAUAAGAGUAACAGAUAAGGAUUUUCUUGCUAUUUCCUAUGUUUUGAACCAGAACAGUUUCAUUACACAUCUCGACCUAAGAUACAACAAUAUAACCGAUAACGGAGCAGUCUACAUUGCAAAAUUCCUCCAGGAAAAUUCAUAUCUGUAUUAUCUAAAUCUCAUGAGCAAUGAUAUUGGGACAGAUGGUGCAGAGCACAUUGCUAAAGCAUUGCAUAGAAACAAAUCUCUUAGAAGCCUAAGGAUGACUGGUAACAAAAUUGGAAACAAAGGUGGGAUGUGUUUUGCUGCAAUGCUGCAAAUAAAUUCCACUCUAGAAGAAUUAGACCUCAGUGACUGUGAUUUGGGUAUACAAAGUCUCAUUGCAUUUGCAACUGUGCUUUCACAGAAUAACUCAAUAAAGUCAAUACAUCUAAACCGCCCUUUAUUCUAUGCCCUACAGGAAGACACUACAAUCCAAAUAGCCCUAAUGCUGAAACUAAACAAAACUCUUCAGGAAUUACAUCUGGCUAAACAUGAAAUGACAGAUUUUGGUGUUGAGCGCCUGUGUGAGGCCUUGCAUGAAAACUCCACACUUAAAUAUCUUGAUCUCAGCUGCAACAAAAUAACUCGUGAUGGAGUUAAGUGUCUGGCUGAACUACUGAAGACCAACACAUCACUGGAAAUCCUAGAUCUGACAUCAAACAGGAUUGAGGAUGAUGGAGCCAUCUAUCUUGCACAUGCACUUUAUUUUGACAACAAAAGCCUCAAAGCAUUAGCAAUUGCAAGCAAUAAUAUCACUGGAAAGGGACUUGGUGCUUUGGCAGCUUCAAUUAGAGCAAACAGUUAUCUAACACACAUCUACAUUUGGGGGAAUAAACUUGAUGAAGAUGCUUGUAGGGCAUUUUCAGACCUACUUCACUUAAGGCGCUUAAGCUCCUCUAACACAGAUGUGAGGCCGUAUAUUGUUGAUGGAUGUAUCUAUCUUGCAGAACUUGGUCAUGGGCUUAAGAAACACUAUUAUUGGACACCAAGCUAUGGCCAUGAGAAUGAUUCCGCAUCAAAUUCCUCUCUUGCAAUAAUGAGUGAAUAAAUAGUGUUUAUGACAAAGUUACAAUUGUAAGGAUGGUUGUA